AUGUCUAGUGGUGCGUCCGGCUUUCCCUACAGCUCCUUCUUCCACUCGAUUGAUGAGACCUCAACCAUCGGCCCUUUGAUCCCGGGUAUUGGCGAGGUGGACAAUGCCAAGAUUAUGUUGAAAAGUGUCCCUCAUUGGAAUACCUUUCUGGAGAAGGUGGGGAUGAAGGUGUAUUUACAACAAAUCCUUCCUAUGACCGAAGACUUUGGCUCAUUCACCCUUGUCUGGUAUCUUAUGCAGCUGAUCCAGUCCUCCAAAGGCUCGGAAGACCAGGAAAACGAUCUUGACUUCUCACCCGCUAUAACGAGACAGAGGGCCCGGUUGAAUAAGCGCCUUCAGCCAGGCUCAGAUGUCUUCACGGAGUCACCAACGCGUGGAAUGACUAAUUUGACAAAGGAGUUUCUGGAGAUCGGUCUUGGAGGUGCCCAAAGCGAUGCACUGACGGAGGAAGCAGAGAAAUGGCAGCUGUACGACCCCCAGUCUCCGCCUGAUGAUCUGAAGAAGGAUCCGAACUUCGCACCUCAGAUCUCGUUUCCUCCUGUAUCGGAUGAGAACACAGUAAAUGCAUUUCUGAUUUUAUUGCCCUCCGCUGUGACCCUCUCUAUUCCAGGGGUCAAGGCAUAUUGGUCUCUCGAACGUAAGAGAUAUACCGUGGGUGUAGAUGAUGACACCGAAUUAUAUACGGCUCGAACCGAUGGGCAUCUGGCAAUACCAAACCAAGAUUACUCGAAAAUAAUAGUGGAAGUGAAACCAAUGAUGCGCAAAGCUUCAGCGAGAGUCCGAAUGCAGGAGACCGCACAAAUGGUGGCAUGGAUACACAAAGAACCCGACGUUAUAAACCUCGAAAAUAAUGAUCAGAAGCCACAGGAUAUAUGGUUCCGCCGUAUGAUGCUAUGUUGUGAUCGGCAUGAAGUGUACCUGGUUUUCGCCGGUUACAACGCUGACUACAUUGACUAUGUCAGAAACUCUAAGCGCGAUUCAAGUUGUGACUCUUUUCUAAGGAUGUCCGAGUUUGGCCCAUGGGAUAUUCGAAACCGUGAUGACAUGGAGGCAAUUGCCGCAAUUAUAUUGGCCGUGACUUUGCAGAUGGGGAACGAUCAGCCACUUACAAGUCCUGAUGCCAGUAAAUAACAGAUUUCCUUCCCGUUUCCAUGUAGAUCGCGACUCUACUUAUUGAG